GUAGCGCUCCGUCUUCCUGUUGAGAGCGGCUAUGAUGGCGGCAGUGCGGCUUCUGUGCAGGACUGUGAGCUCCUCCUCAUCCUCCUCCUCCUGUGUGCACAGCGGUUUGGGUGCAACGCUGCUCAGAUUGUCCCCGAGCUGCUCGUCCAAACCGAAAACGCAAAAGAGGCAUGCGGCUCACUUCACCUACCAGCCUGACCCCGUACCCACUAAACAUGGCCCCACCGUGAAGAUGAACCUAUUCCAGUCUGUAACCAGUGCCUUGGACAACACACUUGCAAGUGAUCCCACAGCAGUUAUAUUUGGGGAGGAUGUGGCGUUCGGAGGAGUGUUUCGAUGCACUGUUGGACUUCGGGACAAAUAUGGAAAAGACCGUGUGUUCAAUACUCCACUAUGUGAGCAGGGCAUUGUAGGAUUUGGCAUAGGUGUAGCUGCCGCAGGAGCAACUGCCAUUGCAGAGAUUCAGUUUGCUGACUACAUCUUCCCAGCUUUCGAUCAGAUUGUAAAUGAAGCUGCCAAGUACCGAUACCGUUCAGGUAACCUUUAUGACUCUGGGAACCUGACCAUCCGAGCACCGUGGGGCUGCGUGGGCCAUGGGUCCCUCUACCACUCACAGAGCCCCGAAGCCUUCUUUGCCCACUGUCCUGGCCUUAAGGUUGUUGUGCCUAGAGGUCCAAUUCAGGCCAAGGGGCUGCUGUUGUCCUGCAUUGCUGAUAAGAACCCCUGCAUCUUCUUUGAGCCCAAGAUUCUAUACAGAGCAGCAGUGGAGCAGGUCCCCACCGAACCGUACCACAUCCCCCUAUCACAGGCUGAGGUUGUGCAGGAGGGAAGUGACAUGACAUUAGUUGCCUGGGGAACACAGGUCCAUGUAAUGAGGGAAGUUGCUACCAUGGCACAGGAGAAGCUUGGUGUAUCUUGUGAGGUCAUUGACUUGCGGACCAUUUUACCAUGGGACAUAGAGACCGUAUGCAAGUCGGUGGUGAAGACAGGGCGGCUGUUGAUCAGUCAUGAAGCUCCAGUGACCGGAGGCUUUGCUGCAGAGAUCAGCUCUACUGUUCAGGAGCAAUGUUUCCUAAACCUGGAGGCACCCAUCACCAGAGUCUGUGGAUACGACACCCCUUUCCCUCACAUUUUCGAACCCUUCUACAUCCCAGACAAAUGGAAGUGUUUUGAGGCUGUAAAACGAAUGAUCAACUACUGAUAUCAGAUUGUGGACAUGAUGACCUCAGCACGGAGUUGCUGCCCCUGACAGACUGUUACUUGUGCGUUUUUUGAAAUGGACAUGAACUUCAGUGAUCAGCUAUGUGGAACACUAUACAUGAACACUAAUAAAACAUAUAUCUAGUGGGUGCUUUUUUUGUAGUUAGUGAUCAAAUGUUUCCAUUUUUGCUGUUAAGAAUGUCAUCCCUCUUUUUGUUGAUCCCUUUGUUUUGUUUUAUUAAAAAUCCCUUGGUGUUUGUUUUCUGAGGGAAUUAAAAGGAUUGAUCGUGCUGUUGUACAGUGAAUCCUCAGA